CAGAACGACUCCCGCUUCAAUAGAUGGAUGGAGGAUGAACGAGUUAGAGGAGGAAAUCGGUUUAGUGUGUCUGACAAGCAUAAGGUGGAGCAGUGGAAAGCUUUUAAUGGAUUCAGCGGAUGGAGAUGGCGAGGAGACAAUAAUGUCUGAUAAACCUAUCAACCUUUAUUCUGAAUUACGAUGAUGAAACAGAGGAGUCUCACUAAUAUUUUAGCAUUAUGUGGUAUCUACUUCCUUCCUGGUAUAAGUUCUUCGUUAUCAUCAUCAGAUCAUCUUUCAGAAGUGUAUCAUCUGAGUGGUGAACCUGACUAUAGAUUUGUAACACUGCGAUGGCAAUAUCCGAAACAUGUUCCAACGUUGAAUGGCUUCCAGGUUCGAUAUUGUGAACUACAAGCCUGGGGCCCUAACAGAUGUCGAACCAAGAUGAUAGAUGCCUCGGCCGGAAUGCAGGAGACAAUACAAACGUCACCCUACUAUACGUAUUCUAUAAUAAUAAAUGGAUUACGGAUGGCUACAAAUUAUACAUUUGAAGUACAGCCAAUGGAAACAAGAAGGGUACGAUAUUUCAUGGACAACAAAGUCAAUCACCUAAGCAGACGUAUUAUCAUUCCUACAAAAGGAUUCUCAGCAAAAGCGAGCCUGUGCCUGCCCGACGUGAGUGAGGUUGAAGUGGCGACAGGGCCGUACUUCGGGGGCCGCAUAGCCGUGGAGACGGGAGGCGACGGGGAGGACUGUGCCGUGUCCGGGGAUGGCUCCAGUCCCAGGGAGGUCUACACCCUCCGGAUUCAGCACAAGCUGUGUGGAAGCUACGUCAACCGCACAGCUGUCACCACCUUCAUACUCGUUCAAGAGAACCUGCCGAUUCUCACUCACAGUACUCGACGAUUCCUGGUGCUCUGCACAUUCCAACCAGAAACACUCACUGUGAGAGCGGGGCUGAAUUUGCCGUCAACAAGUUUGGAUGGUGAAGCGAUGCCCAGCAGUGACGCGCCGCCUUCCAUGAAUGAAAUGAUAGGCAACGAGGUGCAAGCCUCUCCUCUCCAGCUCUUGCAAGAGGAUUUGGCUGGCAGAUCUUUCAAUGAAGAAUCAGAAGCUCAACUAGUGGUUGUGACAGUCGUGGUGCUGGCCAUGAUGGUUGCAAUUGGUCUCACAAUCUGGUGGUUCAUACCUACUGCCUCAGCUGGUAAGUUGACUGAAAGUUGCCUUCAAUGUUGGCCCAUAAGGUAAUAAGUUUAAACGUUG